AUGUCGUCGACGCUGCUGCUGCCACUGACCCGCCGGUCGCUGCCUUUGGCCUCGUCACUGCUUCACUUUGUCUCGUCGUCUCGUCGUCGCUCGAAGCGUAUUCGGUUUCUCCUUUCGUGCAACUCGCGGGACCUCGAGCGGUCUCUGCGUCUCCACUAUCCCGACCUCUUGGCUUCCCACGAACACGAACCUAUUCCCGACUGGACAAAGCCCAAAGAUCUGCAAGAAGCAUUAGGUAUCUGUGACGGAGUGGUCUUAGCAGCCGGUGGCGUUGGUGACCACUGUAUCAACGUACCGAGCAAUUUGACGGACGAGUGGCUUCGAUGUGAGCAACAGGUGGCAACUUUGGUGUCAAAAGACCAUCGGGUUGUCAAGUUAUCGUGGAUGGAAGGAUUCGUGCAUGAACAGUCGCCCUUAGCGGUAGGAAGAGCUACAUGGGCGAUAGAGCAAGAGCUGCACCGAAAACUUGGGGAAGGAGGGGGUACAUUCGCUCCUAACCUCACGAUUUUGCGGGCUCCGACGGGAAUGGACGCCUUCUUGCAAGGUCGGCUGUUCGACUUGGUAUGUGGACGAACCCUCUCAAUUAGUAUCAAGCACGGGCGCGUGGCAUUCGUGCAUCCGUUGGAUGUUGCCGAGGUGUUGAGUGCGUUGGUGACAACGGAAGACGUUGGCGGUGCUGAGGCAAAGGGAAAGCUCGUGAAGUUGACAGGGCCCGAGGCGCUGACAUUUGCAGACGUUGCCGAGCUGUUGUCGAAGGGAAUUGGCGAGAAAGUGAACUACUCGUACUUCCCAUUGUGGGCAGUACAGCCCGCACGUUGGGUGCACGGAGUUCCUGGUGACGCGAUUGAAGAAGAGCUUGCGGUGAUCCGCGCGUUGGAGGCAGGGACGCAGCAAGAAGUGGACACGACUCUCGUGGAGACGCGUCUGGGUCGCACGCCACGCUCUUUCCGAGCAUUUAUCGCUGAAAAUGCGGCUGCGUGGCCACGGAUGGAUCCCAAGUAA